AAAAAAAGCCGAUGUGUUACAGGAACCGUUAUACAACUAACCACAAGACACGUGCUCUUGGUCAUCCAUUGUUAGGCAUCCUGAUUAAAAUCCAGGUCGCGUGCAAGUUGACCAGUUAGUAGUUCAACUGACCAUCAACAGUUUAGCGGGAAAGCUAUAAAGGGAUUUUGUAACGGGCAAGAAUGAGUUCACUUUUCAAGUAUACCAGGAAAUAUGUUGGCCCAGUCCGUGCUUGUAUCUUGGACUGGAGCGGCACCACGAUUGACAAGUACGUCCUUGCGCCGGCCCUGGUGUUCGUAGAGGUCUUCAGGAAGCACGGCGUCGCCAUCACCAUGCCCGAAGCCAGGGCGCCGAUGGGCGUCAGGAAAGACAUGCACAUUAAGGCCAUCCUGGAGAUGCCGGAAGUUCGCGCCAAGUGGAAAUCGGUGCACGGGAAUUUCCCAACGCAGGCAGACGCGGACAAGCUGUACGGCGAUUUAGUUCCAAUGCAGCUUGGCGUACUGCUGAAAUACACGGAACUGAUCCCAGAAUGUGUCGGGGCUGUCGACACCUUGAGGAAAGAGUUCGGCUGCAAAAUCGGGGUCACAACUGGGUUCACCAGAAGUAUGGUCAAUGUUUUGCUCCCUGAAGCCAAGCGGCAAGGAUUUGUGCCGGAUGCCGACGUGGCAGGCGACGACGUGGUGAAUGGGUCAAGGCCGAAGCCUUUCAUGCUGUACGCCAACCUCGACGCCAUGGAUGUCCCAAAUAUUCAGUCCGUGGUUAAGGUGGACGACACCACCAACGGCGUGGAGGAGGCUCUGUCUGCGGGUUGCUGGGGCGUCGGCGUGGCGCGGUACAGCAAUUACAUGAACAUCAACAGCCUUGAGGAAGAGAAAUGUCUUUCGGAGGCUGAGAUCAAAACGAGGCUCCAGAGAACACGUGACAUUCUGACCAAGGCGGGCGCACACUAUGUCAUUGACACGCUUGCAGAGCUGCCAUCAGUUGUGUCGGACAUUAACGCCAGGUUGGCCAAAGGAGAAAAGCCUUGACCACAUUGAACGCCAAUGAAUACGAGAACUACAUACCUGAACUUUAUAAUACAAAUCCUUCUGGUCUGACUCAACACAAGCGUUAUUUUUUUUCAAAGACCAUGUUACAUAACCCGCUCAGAUUGAUAGUUCUAUGCCAAAUACUUAGACCUAAAAACAUUGUUCUUUCAGUAAAAAGCAUAUCACCUUUUUGAAAAAAGAUUGUUU